ACGCGGCACUGAGGCUCAGUGGUUGCCACGCAGUCGAACGAUGCGGAUGCGGAGCACCAAGGCAUGCUUUCUGCUGCUGGGAUUGCAGUUGCUCAUCACUGGCGUCCGGCUGGAGGAGGCCAAUGACUGGCCAGAGUCGGAGCUGGAACUGGAGCUUCAGAGACAGCCCGACAAGCUGGCCUAUUGCCGUGCAUUGCAACGCCUGCAGCUGCAGCAAUAUGAGCAAACCAGCUGCUUGAACAUACUCGAGGAUGAGCUAACGAUGACCGGGGAGCUGCUGAUGGACUCGCCGCGACGCUGCUGGUGGGGCUGGGAGCUGUUCGGUAGACGUUGCCGCAAGCGUGCCUGAGAGCCAACUGCA